AUGGAGAGAGUUAAAUGGUCCAGAGAAAACUACCACCACAAUCUCAACUCACCGUACUCUCUGCGUCUGGCAUCUGCAGACGCGGCAGGAAAGAUCAUCGUGUGGGAUGUGGUGAGCGGUAUGGCACACUGUGAGAUCCAGGAGCAUACCAAACCCAUUCAGGAUAUGGACUGGCUGUGGGCUCAGGAUGCUUCUCGUGAUCUUCUGCUUGCUGUCCAUCCUCCCAACUACAUUGUCUUGUGGAACGGUGACACGGGAACCAAGCUUUGGAAGAAGAGCUAUGCUGAGAAUAUUCUGUCGUUUUCCUUCGAUCCUUUUGAGCCCUCCAAUCUGGCAUUACUGACCAGUGAGGGUAUAGUAUUCAUCACAGAUUUCUCUCACUCAAAACCGCCGGGCAGUGGUGGUAAGAAGGUUUACAUCGCCAGCCCUCAUUCAAGCCCCGCCCACAGCAAGCCUGCUCCUGUCCAACCCACCGGUGCCAAGAAAGCCCUCAAUAAAGUCAAAGUGCUCAUCACCAAUGAGAAACCUACGGCUGAAGCUGUGACUCUUAAUGACUGUCUCCAGCUGUCAUAUCUGCCGUCUAAGAGGAACCACAUGUUGCUGCUUUAUUCCAGAGAGAUUCUCAUCCUAGACCUGGAGCUCAGCCAGACUGUGGGAGUGGUGGCAAUUGAGCGCUCUGGUGUGCCCUUUAUACAGGUGAUUCCCUGUGCCCAGAGAGAUGCUCUCUAUUGCCUCCAUGAGAACGGCUGUGUCACACUGCGUGUGUGUCGCUCCACAACAUCUUCUCCUGAUGAAACAGGCAAGACAGGCUCUGUGACAGAUCCUGAACAGAGUGUGCAGGAGUUAGUAUACGAUCUUCGCUCCCAGUGUGAUGCAAUCCGUGUCACUAAGACGGUGCGGCCUUAUCGAGUAGUGAUCUGUCCUGUUAAUGAGAACAGCACUGCCCUGGUGGUCAGUGAUGGCAGGGUAAUGCUUUGGGAACUUAAAGCCCAUGCCAGUAAAUCUUCAUCAAACUUGAGUUCUGGCUUUCCUCCGUUGUAUUCUUCUGUCAAUUUCUGUGGAACACCUUUAGGUCAGAACCAGAAAUGCAUACCAGAUCUAUCGCUGAACACAAUGAUCGGUAAGAACGUCAUCUUUAAACACACAAAACAUUCACCUUUGACUGGCUUCUAAAAAUGCAGUGUUUAAAAUCUGAUAAACAAAUACAUUAUUUGUAUAUAAACUAGGGCUGUCAAUGUUAACGCGUUAAUGCAUGCGAUUAAUUUUUUCAAAUUAACGCGUGAGAAAAUAUUUAUCGCAAUUAACGCAGCAUCCGUUUGUUUUGACAUCCUUUGUCUAGCGUUACAUUAUGUAAUCACGCUCUUAUUCGUGUACAGGCUUUUAAACCACUUAAGCGUGAUUUGAAACAGUUGCUUUGAGGCGUUCAAUGAAGAUAGACAGCUUCUAAACUGUGGGACGCGGCAAAACGCAAAGAGAGGUCCAGUCUGGUGUGUACAGUAACGGCUGCGUCGGUGAAUCUCUGUCAGACAGCGCAUCCGUGUUAAGUUCUCUUUCGUGCUUGAAUGGAUAAAACCCACACAAGAUUAUGUCAGAAAGCCCGUUUUGUCUAGCAUUUUCUUAAGCACAGACUUCAAGGUGUAAAAUAAAAUCUUAAAUGAAUGCAAAGAGUUGUGAAAAUGGGAGCGCGGUGACGGUCAGAUCUGCGUACUAAGACAGCUCUUAAAGGGGCCACGUUCUUAAACGUGCUGCUGUGACUCCUGUCACUAAUGUUAAUCAAAGAACAAAAUAAAAGAAGAAAUCAAUGUGAUUUUAUAGCUUUAAUGAGAAUUCUUCUGCAUUUAAUUUAUAAUUUAGCAUUAAAGACUGUAAAGUGUCCUUCAAUUUCCUACAUAAGCUCUCAAUUAU